AUGCAGGAAGAUGCGAAAAACCUGGGAUUAGAUUACUCAGGUUGUAAUGUUGUCUUCCUUGCAGAUCAAAAUACAUCAUUUACUAAGGAUUAUAAGCCCACUGUUUCUAAUUUUCCGGCUAUUUCUCCAUUGCCAAUUCCGUCAGAAUUUCCUUCUUAUCCAGAUUACGAGAUUGGAGCGAGAAACUGGGCUAAAGAGAUCAAAAAGGCAAGAAACAAUCAUUUUAUACUACCACUUCCUACAUCUUUGUUCUAUUCACGACCUCCGGUACGACUUCCUAGGGAAAUAAGUCAAUCAUACAAGUUUACUUCCAAGAAAAACCCAAAACUACUCUUAUCAAAACAGAAUUUAGAUGAAAUCUUUACUACAUGCAUAACUGAAAAAUUAAUAUUACCAGAUCGAGAAUUUAAAACGCCAUUACCAAAAUCUCAUCAAACUCCAACUAUAGGAGACUAUAUUACAGCAGAACCUCCUUGGAAUACAAUAUGUUAUCCGCAAGAACCAAAACCAACAAUGUUCAAAACAUUCGAGGAUUACAAAAACGCAUUGACAAACUGGACAAACUAUCUCAAGAAAAUGAAACUACCUACACAUCCUAAAGACUUAAACUUCGAAACUCCAAAUUCAUUAGAUUAUAAAGAAAUUAUUCAGCCACAACGUCAAUCUCUUCAAUGUCCAGAUUGUGAAUUCAAACCACAGACUAUACGCGUUAUUCGUGAGACAAUUAAAUCACUCAGAGAAGCAUAUACAAAUAAAUUUGCCAUUUGCCCAGAAUAUCAUACAGACAAUUGGCGUAGAGUAUUCAAUUAUACAAAGAAGAAUUGUAUUCCGUCACAAAUUGAUGAAUUAAUCUUCUUAUUAGAGAAAUGGAAAGAUUAUGUUUUAGAAAUCAUCAAUUUUGGACCGACAGGUGCCACAUUUAAACCGACACCGACAGACUAUAUAGAGCAAGGGCAAACAUAUCAAGGCGAUCAAUCGAUGACGAAAGAAGAAAUAAUUCAUUCAAUAAUUUUAUCGGAUUACUCGCUGAAAUCCAUCAGAAUUACAACGGAGAAGAAUAUAAAACUCUUUGAUUUCAUGUAUUUCCCCGUUCUCCUUAAGAUUUGCGAAGAUUGUACUUCAACUGUCGUUGCUUCCAAAAUUUUAUAUUUUACAGACGCUUUUCUUACUUCCAUGGCUUCAGAGAAUUAUUUUGACCUACUAUUGUCCAAUCCUUCCUUCUUAAAAGUUUUAUGUAAUUUUAUUGGAAGGUUUAACUUCAUUCCCCGUGUAUCUCCCAUCUGUUAUUCACUUCCUUUAUACGUGGAAUCGAAAUUUGCGCGUUCUUACCAAAUGAUUGUCACUUCCGCCCUAUUAUACACGAUUCACGAGUACGUAAACGAGCAGAAUGAAGUUAUUUCACAAAUAAUAACUCAUCAGUUUUACGAUACAGCCAGAGAAAUAAGAUACGAUCAAUCUGCCAUUAUAAAUGCUUUCAAAAAGAGCAAAGAAGAGCGUGCACGAGCCAUGGACAUCAUUAUCCUUUGUUUAACGAUACCGUACAGGCCAUUUCAAGUUGCAAUUUUCAGUCCAGCGCCGAUUAUUGUAUUUUCCAUGUUACUUGAGAGCGAAUUGGACGACAACGAAGAGUAUGUGAACCGAAUCAUGAAUAUGUUCAUAUAUAGCGAUGCGUUGAGAGGCUUAUCUCAGGAACUUUUGCAAUUUGAUUUAUUUAUGGUGUCAAAGAACCCAAAAUUGCUUGUUCCAUUAGUCAGAUUCUGCUUAAAGUACCUUUACCAGCUGAAUUACCCCGUUAUAACCAAUUCCCAGCUUCAAUCUAUGAUCAAAUGUUUCAGUUCUGCAAUGGAACCAACAUGUUACGUGAUAUUGCAUGACUUAGUACCAAUAUUCCUCAAAGACAGUCUCUUUUUAGAGCGGAAUGACGAGGAAUUCAAGAAAAGUCGUACAACAAUCAUGCAACAAAUUGUUUCCAUAGUUUGCCAAUCCGAUGUUUCGAUAAGUAACUGCUUAUUCGAUUCCCUGGCACUUCUUCUUUUCGAGGGAACCACUUUUGCGCCUUCAAACCAGUUCUGGAUGGUGUUUCUCGCUGGUUUAGUAAGAGAAGAUAAUUCUUGUAAAUCAUGUUGGCACUUUUUGACAAAAAUUUUUCUUUUGAAUAUGACAAGUUUGUUACCUGAGUUCUUCCAGAACCAGAUGACAUCAAUAUUCAAGAGUAGACCAUACGAAUACUGCGUUGAAGUACUUAAAUUCAUUUCUGCUGUUUCUAAUUGCGCGAGUGCCAAUGUUUUGGAGAAAUGGCUGAUGAUAAGUGAAAAUAACAUUCGCAGCGCAUUCCAGCAGAUUUACGAUAUUGUUCAGAAGGAGAAAUUCAACGCAAGUGGACUUUCCGCUUAUUCCAAAAUCAUAACUUCUACUGCAGGAAAAGGACUGAUCGAAAUUGUUUGUGGAGAUCAGUUCAGUUUCCUAACAGAUUAA